AUGGGAUUUGAUUUAGAAAGCGCAAAAUUGGCCAUUCCGCAAGGACUUUCUCUGUUACCCGGAGAAACCAUUGAGUUUAUAGCAAAAACCUGCGCGAUAAAACUUUUUGAAGCUACUGCUGAUGGUGGUUUUAAGGAAUGUGAUGAUGGAAUCGGCGAAUUUUAUGGUCAGUCAGAUGGUGCCGCUAAUGAGUCAACAGUAUUGAUCACCAAUUAUCGAACAUGUUAUCGACCUGUAAGAAAUUCCUCUACGACAUCGUUACAUCCACAAAUAGAUUUGAUGCGUUCUACUACACAGAUUCCACAUCUUUCUAUAUCUCAAAUUGAAGAGUCACAAGCUCAAAUUACUAUAACUCUCAAGUUUUCACCGUCAAAAUAUUUGUUUAAAUUCUCAAAACCAAAACCAACCGCAUUAGUAGGAAAUUUUAUCAAUAUCCGAACCACCGCAAAUUCCCUCUGUCAUGAUUUUACGACUAUAAUGAAACGAUUUGUAUAUCCAAGUAGUUUGGAAAAUACUUUUGCUUUUCAUAUGGGUGAGGCGGAGGUAUUUAAAAAAAAUGAUCAGAUAAAACGAGAUCAGAAUAUUCAACGUAUUCGUAAACUAUCAUUAGAGGAAAAAAUCUUUGAGGAAUUAUUUGGUGAAAAGGCUUGGAUGAAUCUGUUUUCAAACGAACCCGUGAUUUGGGCUGGUCUAAAGGAUUUUUCAAUAUCUCCAACUUAUCCCCAAGAUUUCAUUUUACCAACACAAGUUCUUAAAGAAACGUUAGCGAAUUUAAAUUCAUCUAGUACUUGUUCCAAUCUAUCUAAUACUUCACUUGAAUCACAGCCUACGGCUGGUUCGCAAACUACAUCUGAAUCACAAUCAGGUUCUUCUUUCUUCGAAAAUCUUGCUAAGUUUCGGUCUCGUGGACGCUUUCCUGUUAUUUGUUGGAAAAAAGGUCAUAAUGUAUUGAUGAGGAGUGGUCAACCAAUGGUUGGAUUUUUAGGAUCAAGAGGAUUUGAAGAUGAGACACUAAUGCGUGAAGUUCUUUCUACUGUUGAUGAAGAGCAUCAAAUUUUAGCCACAACGAUAAUAAGAAAAGGUUAUGAUGGGGAUGAAUUCAAUAAUCAUAGAUUUUCUAAACAUUAUGGAGGUUUUUAUGAGCCUUGUGGUAUGAAAUUAUGUGUUUUAGAUGCAAGAGGUUAUGCGGCAGCUCUUUCUAAUGGAUAUCAGGGGGGAGGAUAUGAGAAUAUAGAUGGUGUUGUCGGAAAAUUAGUGGAUGAAGAUGCUAGUGUUUUAGUGGGUCUACAAGUGUUAAUUGAAAAGGAAUGGAUCGCUUUUGGACAUCCUUUUCGCUCACGUAGUGAACUCCCCAAUAAUCUUUGUAAUAGUGAUCCCAGAUUACAUUCAAAGAAUAAACAAACAUCUCGUAAUUUCAAAGAACCGCAAAAUUUACCGCCCGCCCCUGCUCCUGUGUUUCUUUUAUUCCUUACUUGUCUUCAUCACAUUUUGGAACAAUUUCCAUCAGCAUUCGAAUAUAACGACUUCUUUUUGCUGUGUCUUGCUCGAGCCGCGGCAGGAAAUUCCCCGUUUGGUGAUUUUCUAUGUAAUUCGGAAUGUGAACGAGAAGCUAUACAAUUAAGAGAAAGAACAAGGAGCAUAUGGUCAUGGGUCAAAGAACGUAGGCAAUGGUUUAGGAAUCCACUAUAUCAAAGAAUUCGUCCAUAUGACUUAAUUCACCAUAAUGAUCACAGUACGUGGAGUGAUCAUUCGUGGAAGAAGGAUGUUUUGCGUCCAGACACUGAUGCAAGAGUUAUUACAUUAUGGACUGAUUACUAUUUCCCAAAAAAUGAUCUAUCAAUUGCAUUACUAUCAACGCCCUAUGGUGCUGAUGUUGAACUGGAAGAAGGCAUAGGACCUUCUCAACAUCGCAUUGGAGGAUUUCCUUCAGAAUAUUACCUUGUCAGCCUUUUCAUGAAAAGAAAAAGGCGGAGAAUUGCAGAAAAAGUUUGGACGGUUUGGAGGUCAUUUUUAUUAGAAAACAGACAAAAGUCAUUAAAGACAAAGAAAGAAAAAAAAAAAGUAGUAAGCGAUGAAGAAAAGUGGGACGUUCUUCAUGGAUCAGAGUGGAAAGAUGAUGCGCCAAAUCAAUCGCAGGAUGUACAGGACAGAACAAGUAUGGAUCACGUAAACAAAGACUUGGAUAAGAAUUCAAUAUUAUCCUCAUCACUGCAGUCAACUUGUGAACAAUUGAACAAUUUACUUUCAACUGAUUUUGAUGAUGAUAUAGAAGAAUCAGAAGAUGAUACAAAUAUAAUUUUAUCUGGAGAAAUAUGCGAAAGCCAAUUUUUAGAAUGGGUUCAUCUAUCCAGUCAAGGUAGCGAGGACUCCGAAACAACCAGAAUAUUGGCGGAAUUACUUAAAGAAGCACAGUUGGAUGGACUUUUAUCUCAAAGUAUAUGUCAAGACAAUGAAUCUUUGACGGAAUUAUUAAAAGAAGCCCAAUCAGAAAAUCAAGUUUUUUGCCAGAACGUACAUUCAGAUACUGAGACGCUAACGGAAUUACUUAAAGAAGCUCAAUUAGACAAUCAUUACUUAUGUAGAAGUAGAUGUUCAAAUACCUCAUCUAUUAACCGAAAUUCCACUUCAACAAACCUUACCUUCAAGACACCAAUAAAUCCAAACCUUCAUUCGAUUAUAAUAGAAAAUAAUAAAUCACCAGAUGAAAAAGAUUUUGUGGGUAUAGUGUCAUCACCAGAACCAUUAAAACCAAUUAACAAAAGCUCACCAGAUCUGAGUGAAUUUGAAUUUGUGAUUGUAUAA